AUGGACCUCAAGAAGCGCCUCAAGUUGGGCAGUUUGAUGCGCAAACGAUCCUCGCACGCAGCCCAGGAUGUCAAUAUCGACACAAACGCCGAUACGCCCGAGGCCAAUGCUACCAAGGGAGUGAUGCUCUUCUGCGAGUCUGGUGCCGCCAACUCGGGUGAAGAGGUCCUCCACUUGCCUACCAUCGUCGAGUCCGCCGUCGCAAGCCCCAGCGCAGCCGCAGCCGCCGCAAGACAGAUCCGCAUCUUCCUCUCCAAAGAGAACUUCAACCGCCCUCAUGUCCAAUACAAUUCUGUCAUGCUCAUUAGGAUCCUGGCCGACAACCCAGGACCCUCCUUCACCAAGAACCUCGACAAGCAAUUCGCCGAUACAGUCAAACACCUACUUCGCCAUGGGCAAGACCCGAGUGUCGCGCAAAUCGUCAAGGAGACGCUGGAUUCAAUGGAGCGCGAGAAGGCAUACGACACCAACCUGAACACGCUCUUCGCCAUGUACAGGAAGGAGAAGGGCCUCAUGGCAGCCGCGGCAAAGCAGUUUGGCCCCCGAAAGCUCAAUGCGCCAGGCUGGUCGGGGUCACAGAACAUCCACGGCGGCUUCGGUUCAGGCGGACACAAGUCGUCUUCCAAGUCGUUGCCGCCACCCGUGGAGCUCGCGGGGCGCAUCGAGGAAGCGCGUACAUCGGCCAAGCUACUCCUCCAGCUCGUACAGUCUACACCAGCGAAUGAACUGCUCGGCAACGACUUGGUCAAGGAGUUCGCUGAGCGCUGCACGGCCGCCCAGCGCAGUAUACAUGGUUACAUCGCCUGCGACAAUCCGGCGCCUGACGAUGACACUAUGCUCACUCUCAUCGAAACCAACGAGCAGCUGUCCCUCGCUGCCUCCAAGCACCAGCGCGCCAUCCUUCAAGCUCGUAAAUUCAUGGGUGCCUCACCUUCCCCACCAGUACAGAACGGUGCCUACGCGCCACCACCCAACGGCACCAGUAGUCCAGCUGGUGUGCCUGCGCAGUCUCCCGGGCUGGCAAAUCUCCCAUCGCACAACGACGCGCCUUCGCUGGCCCCUAUGGAUUUCGGAACGACACAACCCAGCGCAUCGGCUACCAACCACGGCAAUGACAACAGCUCUCUUCCCCCGUCACUGCAAGCUGCACCAGGCCGCACACAAUCGAGCGCGCAAGAAGAGAACCCCUUCGCUGACCACUACACGACAACCUACACACCUCCAGCGUCGUACCAAAACUCUACGUCGACGAACAAUUACGGUGGCUCACCAGACCCUUACCAUCCAGGCUUCCAGUCUACUCCAUCAUAUCUGGGCCGGCAAGAGAGCUCUGCCAAUAAUUUGACCAUGCACGGUGCGCAACCGACGAUUCAAGAAGAGGAUGACCACAUGCGCCCGCGGGCCGAACGACCUCGGACUCCCGAUCUCAACGUGCCUCAGCAACAGGCCCCUGACGUUUCGCCCGUCGCAGAGCGUAAUACCGUCACGUACAGAUACUAG